CCCUUUGCCGAUAUUCUUCACCGAUUGGAUUUCCUUAACGCUUGCUGUGAUGCUCCUACGCCUUCGGCCAAUGGGAGCGACUACAGUCGCCUUCCCCCGCUUCACUUCUCUUCUCGCUGGUUCCUACCCCUCUUAUCGCAGAAUCCUCGCCCCGUCUCCAAAAACAAAGCAUUGGCCUACCCUUGUAAGCUUCGCAUUGAGAUGGAUGCCUCGCCGGAAAUUCGCCACAGCGAUGGCAUCUUCCGGUAGAAUAGACUCAAAAGUUCAUGUUGAAGCUUCCGAAGAGAGAUAUGAUGUUAUUGUUGUUGGAGGGGGCCAUGCAGGCUGUGAAGCUGCACUUGCAUCUGCUCGUCUUGGUGCACGAACGCUUCUUUUGACACUUAACAUUGAUCGGAUUGCAUGGCAGCCUUGCAAUCCAGCAGUUGGGGGCCCUGCCAAAUCUCAGCUGGUACAUGAAGUUGACGCCCUUGGUGGGGAGAUUGGGAAAAUUGCUGAUAAGUGCUACAUACAAAAGAGGGUUUUGAACCGUUCAAAAGGCCCUGCUGUGAGGGCACUACGCGCUCAGACAGAUAAGAGAGAGUAUGCCAUGGAAAUGAAAAGAGUCGUUGAGAGCACCCCGAAUCUUUUCAUCAGAGAGGCUAUGGUAACAGAGGUCUUGGUUGGCAAGAACGACCAUGUGGAAGGUGUUCAUACCUUUUUUGGAAUGAACUUUUAUGCUCCCUCUGUUGUACUCACCACUGGCACCUUUAUGAGUGGAAAGAUAUGGGUCGGAAGGACGGCAAUGCUUGCUGGGCGAGCCGGAGAAUCAGCCUCUAUUGGGCUUACUGAAAACCUGCAGAAUUUGGGUUUUGAAACUGACAGGCUUAAAACUGGAACUCCAGCACGUGUUGAUUACCGUACUGUUGAAUUUUCUCAAUUAGAGCCGCAACAUGGUGAUGAAGAGGUGAGCUGGUUUAGUUUUGAUUCUGAAUACCACAUAGAAAAGCCGCAAAUGUGCUGCUAUUUGACAAGAACAACAAAAGAUACCCAUCAGCUUAUUAGAGAUAACUUGCAUGAAACGCCAACUUAUGGUGGUUGGGUGGAAGCAAAGGGACCGAGAUAUUGUCCAUCAAUUGAAGAUAAGAUUGUAAGGUUCCAGGACAAAGAGUCCCAUCAGAUUUUUCUUGAGCCUGAGGGCAGAAAUGUUCCCGAGCUCUAUGUGCAGGGGUUUUCAACAGGUCUACCUGAGAGAUUGCAAUUAGCACUUCUGAGAACAUUACCUGGACUAGAAAAUUGUUUGAUGCUCAGGCCUGCAUAUGCUGUAGAAUAUGACUAUUUGCCUGCUCACCAGUGCUCCAGAUCCCUUAUGACCAAGAAGUUUGAAGGACUCUUCUUUUCAGGUCAGAUAAAUGGUACAACAGGCUACGAGGAAGCUGCGGCUCAGGGUCUUAUCUCUGGAAUCAAUGCUGCAAGGCAUUCAUCUAGCAAAUCUCUCAUGAAUCUUGAGAGAGAAAGCAGUUUUAUUGGCACUCUCAUUGAUGAUCUUGUCACUAAAGAUCUGAGGGAGCCAUAUCGCAUGUUAACAAGCCGCUCAGAGCACAGGUUACUUCUUCGUGCUGACAAUGCAGAUAGCCGUUUAACACCUCUAGGCCGAGAAAUUGGUUUGAUAGAUGACAGACGUUGGAAUCUGUACAAGUCCAAGCAAUCUUUGAUAUCCGAAGAAAAACAACGGCUAAAGACAGUCCAUAUCUCAGCGAAAGAUGAUUUGGCUUCUGAAGUUAGUCGGUUGUCAGGACAACCUGUGAAAGAUUCCACACUAGAAAACUUUCUGAAAAAGCCACAUGUGCACUACGAGGUUUUUGAUAGAUAUGGCUAUGGGAACAUGCUUCUUUCCAGGAUUGAGAAAGAGUGUGUUGAAAUUGACAUUAAAUAUGAAGGCUUUGUUCUGCGCCAGCAGAGCCAGCUUCACCAGAUGGUCAAUCAGCAACACAGAAAACUUCCUGAUGAUUUGGAUUACCAUUCGAUGACAACUUUAUCCCUUGAAGCACGUGAGAAACUUUCGAAGUUCAAACCACAAACAAUUGGUCAAGCAAGCCGAGUUGGUGGGGUGAACCCUGCAGACAUAUUUGCCCUUCUCAUUUUCCUUGAGGCUAAUCGCAGGAAAGUGAAUUCCAUGAAAAGACAGGAACUGCUAAGAUCUAUUGCUGUUGAUGAUGAUGAGUCCAGUUCUACCUUAGCUACUGCUUCAGAGGUGGUUAAUUCCUAGUUGUUGGUUUUGCUUUGGUUUCCUCUGUGAGUGCUUCAAUCUCAAGCUGGAUAGACCUGAAACCCACUGUUUGGGCCAAAUUUCAUUGGUUAGUCUGCUUGAGAUGUAUUUUGGUUUCUUUCUUUUUCCUUUAAAUAGUUUUACCUGUAAUUUAUGCAUAUUUUCUUUGUUAAUGUAAAUACUUUGUACUUGCUGCUUAGUUUAUUUUUUUGUUACUAAUU